UUUAAUAUUUCAACAUGGAGAUGCUGCUGUGGGUUAUAUGUCUUGCUGCCACCAUCUGCUUCGCCUUCCUUGAUGGCUGGUACUUAUUGAGGUUCCUCAUCAUCGUCUUCUACAACAGCUGGGUGCGCCCCAGAACUGGAGAUCUGCUGGAAGAAUUCCGGUUCCAUAGCUGGGUCCUGCCCACCGACCUGGACUUCAUGGGGCACAUGAAUAAUGCACGCUACCCCCGGGAGGCUGAUUUUGCCCGUUACGCCUACAUGUCCCACUACCAUCUCGUGCAGACCCUCUGGGCCCUGAAGGGCAGCACGGUGCUGACUGCCUCCUGUUGCCGCUACCGACGUUCUCUGCACCUGUGGGAACGCUUCACCAUCCACACGCGCAUGGUGGGCUGGGACGAACAUGCUUUCUACUUGGAGCAACAGUUCAUCAGCGCCCAAGAUGGAUUUCUCUGUGCCGUAUUGCUUGCCCGGCAUCACGUGACUGGCCCUUCUCCCAGUGAAGUCAUCCAGCGUCUGUACGGGAGGAAGGUGGAAUCCCCAGAAGUCCCUGAAGAUGUCCACUACUGGCUGAAAAGUAACCAAGCCAGCAGCCAAAGACUACGAGUAGAAAGUGAUCUCCAGAAAAAUGGCAAAACCAAAUCCUGUUCAGAAUGUGAAGACAUUCGUCUUGUUGGAGGGCGGCAUGUCAGGAUCUGCGCAAGCUAGAAAUUAAAACUUAAUUAAAUGUAGACUAGCAAUGCAUACUUGACAGUUAAAUGUUUAAAGAGUUAAUUAGGGGCCUGCUUGCUUGGUCCUGCCAUAGAAGUAAGGAGAAGGGGGGAGGAAGAUGCCCAGCCAGGUGCUGCUGUUAUCUCUGCAGAGGCGCCAACAAGGUCAAGCAACCGUGAGACCG